CCCAGCUCUGGAGAUAGCCACGCUUAGAGCAUAAAUCUUGUGCAACUCUGUGAUAGCCAGCACUCCCCCGCCAGCAGGGCUGCCGGGUCAUGUUUCAUGCAGGCAGUGCUAUGCUCUGUGUUUGCAUUUCAGGUCCUGCUUCGGCACAGGAGUGAGAUUCAACAGACUGCUUUAAGAUGUCUUACAGAAAGGAGCUAGAGAAAUACCGGGACCUGGAUGAAGACAAGAUCCUAGGAGCCCUGACAGAGGAGGAGCUCAGGAAGUUGGAGAAUGAACUGGAAGAGCUGGACCCUGAUAAUGCGUUGCUGCCAGCAGGGCUCCGACAGAGAGAUCAGACCCAAAAGCCACCAACAGGCCCAUUCAAAAGGGAAGAACUGAUGGCCCACCUUGAGCAGCAGGCGAAAGACAUUAAAGACAGAGAGGACUUGGUGCCUUUCACUGGUGAAAAGAGAGGAAAAGCUUGGAUCCCCAAGCAGAAGCCAAUGGAUCCCGUGCUGGAAAGUGUGACUCUGGAGCCGGAGCUGGAGGAAGCCCUUGCUAAUGCCUCUGAUGCGGAGCUCUGUGACAUUGCUGCCAUCCUUGGCAUGCACACCUUGAUGAGUAACCAGCAGUACUACGAGGCGCUGGGCAGCAGCACCAUCGUGAACAAAGAAGGACUUAACAGCGUGAUUAAGCCCACAAAGUACAAACCAGUUCCUGAUGAGGAGCCAAACUCAACAGAUGUGGAAGAAACUCUGAAACGAAUACAGAACAACGACCCUGAUCUUGAGGAGGUCAACCUCAACAAUAUUAUGAAUAUUCCCGUACCAACUUUAAAAGCCUUUGCUGAAGCACUGAAGACUAACAGCUACGUGAAGAAGUUCAGCAUAGUUGGAACAAGGAGCAACGAUCCUGUUGCUUUUGCACUGGCAGAAAUGCUGAAGGUCAAUAACACGCUGAAGAGCCUGAAUGUGGAGUCAAACUUUAUCUCUGGGUCUGGCAUCCUGGCUCUCGUUGAAGCACUUCAGAGUAACACAUCCCUCAUAGAGCUCCGAAUUGACAACCAGAGCCAGCCUUUGGGCAACAAGGUAGAAAUGGAAAUCGCAAACAUGCUGGAAAAAAACACCACCCUGCUGAAGUUUGGGUACCAUUUCACUCAGCAAGGCCCCCGGCUCCGCGCAUCCAAUGCCAUGAUGAAUAACAACGAUCUAGUGAGGAAGAGAAGACUUGCGGAGUUGAAUGGGCCUAUCUUUCCCAAGUGCAGAACUGGAGUGUAGCUCCCAGUCACGGCGGUCAUUCCCAGCGGGUCUGUGCUACUCUGACAACCUACAGGCAAAAAAAGAAGUGCCUUGACAGAGUUAUUUGUGGUGCCUUGGUUCUGUUUCAUGCACUAACAGUUUAAAGUACCUAGUGGCUGUAGUUGAAGAUUUUUAUCCAGUAGCACUGUUGAUGUUUUCUGUAGAGCUGGAAACUAUUCAAGCCAGUAACCUGACAAUGUUAUGCAGCCUCAGCUGAGCGUACAUCCCGGUGUAAAAGUAACCACAUUAACCUGGGACCUUAUUUUUCUAUAAACGUUCUGCACAGUGUUCUAUAGAGGUAGGAUGUAGCAUAUAUGCAUGAGUGAGAGAUACAGCUGUUCCACACACAUUACAGAAGUAUUAGAAAAAUACUUUAUUUUUUAUUCCCCCCCCCAAAAACGAUCUCAAUUAACUAUAGAGGAGCAACUAGUUUAACAAGCAUUUCUAUUAUUCAGAAACAUGGCUAAAUUAGUGUACUUUUCUUUUUUUACCAACAUUUUGCUGAGUCAGUUAUUUAGAUGUGCUGCUUUUCAAACGAAUCCCCGUGUUUUCUUAGAAAAGACUGAUCCCCACCCACAGCCACGCAGUUAAGUUGAACGUAAGGCCACCAGUUGUGAAAUAAGAGUCUCAAAAACUGAGCGCUGGAGAAUGGGGCAGCAUCAUUCCACCCUGCGUGUGUCUGAGUACAAGCAUCACUUCUAUGGAUCUGAUGCGUAUCCCGAGUUUAGUUUGGCUAUUUCAGGCCAAUCAGUAAAUUAGAGUCCUCUCUUCUAAUCCCCGCAGUUUCAUAACAUUAGAAGUGCACGUCCAGAUUCUCACUGGAAACAACUCAAAUCCCCUUUCUCCGCUGCUUUGUCAAGAUGACCCUGUCCAUUAAAUUCUGUUAUGCUGCAGAUUGUUUUGUUUAAUGCCACCCAUAACACAUGCAUCAAUGCAAGGGUAAGCACCAUGUCCUCAGAAAGCUGCUAACAAACACAAAUAUCCUGACUCUAAACUUAAGACUGCCCACAGCCUGAAAGCUUUCUGUCCUUCACAGAGGAGUAAUUAACUCCCCCUGGGGAUACGCGCCUCCCAGACACGCAGUGUAGUGGAUCCAGGACAAUCCCAUCCCACAUCCCUGCUAAGAUUCUGACUGAUAGGAAGACUCACCGGGCAAAAGCAUUGCCAUACAAAAGCCUUAUUCUCACUCUGACGACAACACAUCCUAGCAAGAGUUCUCACUGGCAAUAAUCUACCUGUUAAAAGUAGUUCUACAGCCUCUUACACAUACUCCAGCAAAAGCCCCACGGAUUUCUACAGAGCUUAUGCACCGAUACCAUUCACUUUGGCCCUGGACAGAGCAGAGAAACACUACUUCCAUCAAUGUGGGAAACAUAUUUGUCGCUCUUCAAAGCUUAAUAAAUGUGCCAGCAAUGCCAAAUAAAA